AAAGAUCAAGAGACAAUAAAUAUAAAAAGAGAGAAACUAAGAGCAUGGAGAAGAAGAUGAAAGAGGAGGAGGAGGAGCCACUGAGCCCUAUGGCUCGGGCAUUUCAGGAGCCGAGCAUCGACUGUGGUAUUGUCAUAAAGUUCGGGUGCAAAACCAAGAUCAACCCUGACGUCAUUGUUGAUUCCUUGAAGCUUAAUGUUUUCAAGCAUCCUCGUUUCUGCAGCCUUUUGGACGAUGAUGGUACAAAAUGGUUAAGGACCGAUGUUGUCAAUGUAGAGGAACAUGUAUUUGUACCAGACAUAGAUCCAAAAUUGACAGAGGAAGACGUUGAAUGGUUCGUUGAGGACUACAUAUCCAGUAUAACGAUGAUUCCUCUAGACAGAACUAAGCCCUUAUGGGAAGUUCAUAUCCUAAACGCUAAAACCUCUGACGCCGAAGCUAUAUGUGUCAUAAGAUGUCACCAUGCAUUAGGAGAUGGAGUGUCUAUCUUGUCUCUCAUACUAGCAUCUACCCGAAAAACAUCGGAACCCGAGGCAUUUUCUACCCUCCCUGUCCCAAAGUGUCGUGAAUCUUACAACCAUAGACGCGGGUUCUCAUUCUUUAGAUUGGUUCUUGUGGUUUGUUCCACAGUGAGAUUGAUAUGGAAUACCCUAGUGGAUUCCUUUUUGUGCAUGGCAACAAUAUUUUUCUUGAAGGAUACAGAUACACCCCUGAAGGGUAAGCCUGGCGCCAUAAAGAAAUUUUCUCACCGGAUUGUGUCUUUGGAUGACAUCAAACUUAUAAAGAACGCUAUGGAAAUGACUAUCAACGACGUUCUUCUGGGGGUUACAGAAGCCGCUCUCACACGCUAUCUGCACCAAUCAUAUGACAAGACCAAUGAGGAAGCUGGAACAUCGCUUACACCAAAUCGACAAGAUUUGCUUGAUAGAAUUCGAUUACGUUCACUUAUAGUAGUGAACCUAAGGCCUACUGGAAGCCAGUCCAUAGCCGAUAUGAUGGCCAAGGGCUCUAAAUGCAGAUGGGGUAACUACAUCAGCGUCAUUCUCUUCCCGUUUACCAUCGCCUUGCAAUCUGAUCCAUUAGUGUAUCUCUCAAAUGUUAAAUCCAUGAUAGAUCGAAAGAAAAACUCUCUUAUUACUUAUAUUAUAUACACAUUUUCGGAGUUCGUCAUCAAAGCUUUCGGGAUCAAUGUAAGAAAUAUUUUCUUUUCUUUUGGUUUUCACCACUAACAAUAUCAAGAAAACAUCUACUUUUUUCUUUUUUCAAAGGUCGCAGUAGCGUUUCAGCGUAAAAUCAUGUUGAACACAACGAUGUGCAUUUCAAACCUUCCCGGUCCGACUGAGGAAGUUAGUUUCCAUGGCCAUCCGAUCGCUUACUUUGCUCCAAGCAUCUAUGGACUACCACAAGCAUUGACAAUACAUUAUCUGAGUUAUGCAAACAAGAUGAUAAUUUCCGUCGCUGUUGAUCCAAUGAUUAUUGACGCUCACAAGCUAUGUGAUGAACUAGAGGAAUCUCUCAAGAAUAUGAAACUUGCUAUCUUAGAGAAAGGAUUACCAAAUCAUGUCAAUUAAGCUCCAAAACCUAAAGUAAGACGUCAGUGAUAAUGUAUAAUUGUCAAAUUAAUUUGUAUUAUGCAAGGGCAAGCUUUGUUAUAUUAUCACCGCAAAUAAAACAUUCUUCUUGGUUGUAUUAUGCCGUCGUUAUGUUAAUCCGUAUUAAAAACUUAGUAGUGAAUUUGUG